AACAGUGAUCUCUUCUCCAUAUCCUCAUUCCAUGGAAAGGCAUUGUAUUUGGACAUCUUGAAAGCCACCAAGGAGUUCCAUGAGAUGUACCGCAUUGGGGAAGGAGGGUUCGGGACUGUUUACAAGGCGAAGAUCCCAUCAGCCGAGACAGUAGCUGUAAAGAGACUUCAUUCAUCAGCUGAGAUCGCUGAUCAGAAUGGCUUCUUCAACGAAAUAACAGCUCUCACAACGAUCAGGCAUAGAAACAUUGUCAAACUCCAUGGCUUCUGCUCAAAUGUGAAGCAUGCAUUCUUGGUUUACGAGUACCUUGAAAGGGGUUCUUUGUCAAAUAUGCUGAGCAGAGAAGAGGACGCUAAGAAGCUGAACUGGAUGACGAGGGUGAAUAUCGUUAGAGGCAUCGCUCAGGGCUUGUCUUACAUGCACCAUGAUUGCUCACCUCCCAUUGUUCAUCGAGACAUAUCGAGCAGCAACAUUCUCCUUGAUGCUGAUUUUGAAGCUCGCAUCUCGGAUUUUGGCACUGCUAAACUACUCAGGCGAGACUCCUCUAAUGUUAGCGCGCUUGCAGGCACCUGCGGAUAUAUUGCACCAGAAUUUGCUUUCACUAUGAAGGUGACUGAAAAAUGCGAUGUAUAUAGUUUCGGAGUAUUAACAUUAGAAAUCAUUAAGGGAAAACAUCCUGGUGACUACAUCGAUCUUCUCACAUCUCCUUCCCCUGCAACCAUCGAACUCCAGGAGUUGUUGGAUCCACGGCUUCCACAUCCUGAAAAUGAAGCAGUGGAGGAAGCUUUGGUUCUCAUUGCUAAAAUGGCCCGAUCUUGUCUUCUUUCAAAUCCAAAAACGAGGCCGACAAUGCAGAUAAUCGCUGAGAUGUUAGCAAUAGCACCACAAUGAAUCAAAAAUGUGUUUUGUAUGCUGAGCCACUACGUUACCGUGAUUUAUCUUUCUUCCGCAUACUAUGUCGUGUUGCAGUGCGAUUGCCGUUUGGUUCACAAAAUCUUAGAUUAUCUUAGGUAAUAGGAUUACCUCCGGGGAGGUAAUGUGAGAUUAAGGGAAUGUAAGAUUAUACCUUAUGUGUUUGGUUAAAGUUGUAGGAAUGUAAUAUUAACUUGUUUGGUUGGAGGUUAUAUUUUAGGUGAUACUGUAACAAUUACAUAAAUGCCCUUAAAGGUGUAAAAAUACUUUACUUUUAAAAAUGUUUUGGUUAAUUUGUAA